AAAUCUGGUUUGAUUGUUUCUUAUUGCCGAAUAAUUGUAUUGCGAUUAGAUAGUCGGUCUGUCGAACCGGGCGGGCUACGUAAUUUGGGACAGCAAAAUGCAACGGACUGGCGGCAAAUCCAUUCUCGUGAGACUCUACAGCAGCAUGAAGGUGAAAAUUCCAGUGAAGCAGGGUAUUGUUGUGGGCCAGCAACAGAAGCUGCCAAGUGGCCUGGAGUACAAUAGUUUCUUGGGGGUGCCAUAUGCCGAACCACCUGUUGGUAACCUCAGAUUUCGAAGCCCCGUGCCGCAAGAGCGCUUCGAGGAGCAUGAGCUGGACUGCAGAAAGGAGAGAGACGUGUCGCACCAACGCGAUCCUUUCACCACAGAAGUGGCUGGCUCUGAGAACUGCCUCUUCCUCAAUGUGUACGCCCCCAAGGGCAAACGAUCAUCGUCGCCCUUACCCGUCAUGGUGUGGAUUCACGGCGGUGGCUUCAUUUUUGGCAAUGGCAACAGCGACUUCCACUUUCCAGCCAAGCUCAUGGAGCAGGAUGUGAUUGUGGUCACCCUGAACUAUCGCCUCGGUGCCCUGGGAUUCCUAAGUUUGCCGGAGGAAGGCAUACACGGCAAUAUGGGACUGAAGGAUCAGCGCAUGGCCCUGCAGUGGCUGCAGGACAAUAUAGCCAGCUUCAAUGGUGAUCCCAACAAUGUGACCCUCUUCGGCGAAAGCGCUGGAGGGGCGUCUGUUCACCUGCAUACAUAUGCCCGGCACGCCAACAAACUCUUCCAUAAGGCCAUCAUGCAGAGCGGAACGGGCAACAUGGAAUGGGUGUUUCAACCAGAUCCGGCAUUUAAAACACGUCGACUGGCCGAACUGCUGGGCGGCGGCGAUUUUGGGAGCAACACGAAGGCCCUGUUGGAGUUCCUUCAGUCUGAGAAAGUGAAACCGAUUGGUAUUUUGGCCAAUACGAUGAAAGUACUGACUGCGGAUGAACGGCGUCGUCACCUGCCGUUCCCCUUCAAGCCUGUUGUCGAGGAGGCCAGCAGUCCGGAUAGUUUCAUCGAUGAGAAUAUUUUGGAUCUGAUGCACAAAAGGGAUCACGUGGGGAAAAUGCCCAUGAUCAUGGGCUACAACUCUGCGGAAGGACUGGCAAUGAUUGUAAGGGCCAAGAAAAAACUGGAGGACUACGAACAAGAUCUUGCGCGAACGGUGCCCCGCAACCUGGUGCCAGACCCACAGGCACUAGAAGCUCAGGAAGCAGCAGCUGAUAUACGUAACUUCUACUUCGAAGGCCAGGCAUUGACCAAGAAACAUCUUAAUAAUUUGGUGGAUUUGUUCUCCGACUAUCACUUCAGCAUGGAUCUGCAGAUUGCGGCAGAGAUCCAUGCCAACUGUCAGACGCAGUCGCCACUGUACUUCUAUCGUCUGGACUACGUUGGCGGUCGCAAUCUAUACAAAACCAUCUUUCAGAAUGAAAAUCUUCGCGGAGUAGCCCAUGCUGAUGAUAUUUGCUAUCUAUUCCAGAUGGCCGGCGACGAUUCUCCGAUGCAAAAGGAUGAUGCGCUCGUCUCGGAGAGGAUUUGCCAGAUGUGGGCGAAUUUCGCGCGGCACGGAAAACCAUCCGACAGUUGGAAACCUGUACAAAAAGCCCUGCCUGGGCAGCCCAUGCAGCUAGACUGCCUACUCAUUGAUCGGGAAUGCAAAAUGCAAAAGAAUCCGGAUGCAGACCGUAUGGAUUUCUGGCGCAGCAUGUACAAGCGAUACAGCCCCCAGUCUUCUGUGAGGGCCAAAUUGUAAAUUGUAUUGAAUAAAUAAAAUCAAAAGCGCUAAAAUUC